AUGGAGGAAACCUACCUGCUGAAUGUGGAAGGGGUCAAAAAGAAGAUUCUACAUGGAGGGCGAGGGGAGCUGCCGAAGCUGCAGGACGGGAGCAAAAUCACCUUCCACUUCCAGACGCUGAAGGACAACUUUGAGCGGACGGUGAUCGAUGACAGCCGGGAAGCUGGCAUGCCCAUGGAGAUCAUCGUGGGCAAGAUGUUCAAGCUGGAGAUCUGGGAGACGCUGCUCAGCUCCAUGAGAACCGGGGAGGUGGCUGAGUUCUGGUGCGACGCCAUUCACACGGGCAUGUACGCCCUGGUCUCCAGGGGCAUGCGGAGGAUCGCAGAGGGCCGGGACCCCCUGGAAGGGCAGAAGCACCGCUGUGGCAUGGGCAAUAUCUUU